AUGGCCGUUGAGGAUCCAGUCCAAGGCAGCAAUUUCGCUCCACGUGUCACCAACCUAUUGGCCUGCCCUCCCUAUAUAUACCUCCAACUCACAAGCCUUCAAUUCAUAUCAAAAGCCGACAACGUUCUGGAGAUCAACCAGCGGAAGACAUAUACUACGCAGAGACCCAAAUCCGUAAUUUCACAAGAGAAGAUGUCGAGCAGCCAGUUCAGUGCCGGACAAACCCACGGCCAGGCCCGGGCCAAGACCGAGGAUCUGGUGCAGUCGGCUCAAAGCACUGCCAACGCGGCCUCUGAGAAGUUGGCUGACUCCGGGGACUCCGCCCAGCAGCACAAGGAAGAGGCUGCGGGAUUCAUCCAACAGACCGGAGAGCAAGUGGUGCAGAUGGCUCAAGGCGCCAUUGACGGUGUGAAGAACACACUCGGCAUCAAUGAGAAGAAGUGAUUAAAGAGGGAGUAAAGCUUACUACAAUAACUUGGGAUUGUUACGGAGAGAACUCUCUUCUUUUGGCGAGCAAGAUACA